UACUUAUAGACAAUUUACAUUCCUCCAAUUAACCUAACAUGCAUAUCUUUGGGAUAUUCCAAUGGAGAUAGGCUGACAUGCUAAGAUCUGGGUUCAAAUCUCAGUUUGGGCAUAUCUGUGUAGAGUUUGUAUGUUCUCCCCGUGCAUGCAUGGGUUUUCUCCAUGUACUCCGGUUUCCUCCCAAAACAUGCAUCUUAGGUUAAUUGGUGACUCCAAAUUGUCCAUAGGCAGCUCCAUGUUUGAGUUAGAAAAUCGUCUGUUUCCUUUCGUACUCAAGUACAGAGGUGUCUUUUUCCACAGAGUCACAUUUUUUAAUUAAUUAUCCACGCUAAUAUCAAUCCAAUGUGUGUCAAGAUAUGCUAAAAUCUCAGUUUUUUUUUUACAUUUAUGGCACAAUUUUGCCUUUAUUUGCUUAUCUUGUUGUGUUAUUAAUAGACUACGUGAGUGUUAACAGGUUUUUAUAGGUUUCAAAUUCCAGUUUUAAGGCUGCACGGUGGACACACCUAGGAGAAUCCGAGUUCGAUUCCACCCUCUGGCAUCUCUGUGUGGAGUUUGCAUGUUCUCCCCGUGCAUGCGUGGGUUUUCUCCGGGUACUCCGGUUUUCUCCCACAUUCCAAAAACAUGCUAGGUUAAUUGGCGACUCCAAAUUGUCCAUAGGUAUGAAUGUGAGUGUGAAUGCUUUUUGUCUAUAUGUGCCCUGCCAACAUGCUAACCACUCAUCCACCGUGUGGCCCGACUACAAAUAAUGUAUUUAGUAAUUUUGAAUCCUACUUUGCAGGAAUUCACUUACAGCGUAAGGGUCUGUAACCACAGUUGGUGGUGUCCUGCGAGAUUUUGCAUUUUGUCUCUAAAACAGCAGCUUGGUUUUGUCAGAAGAUCUUGUCACAGAACUUGUGGGGUUGUGUUUUUGUUGUAGAUCCUUAACAAUAGCAGUAUUCCUGUCAUAUAAGAACUUUGCCUGGUCUUUUUGCAGCAAGUCCUUAAAAUACAGCAGCGUUCCCCUCAUAUUGAGACAUUAUUUUCAUAUAUGCACUUAGUUUUCAACAAGUGUUUUGAAUCCUCAAUCCUCUUGAUUGAGGCCAACGUUCUGUCCACUCAUCCACUGUGCAGCCAAGUAUAUGUGUUAGUGUAUAUUUUUUUACCUAAAUCACUGACAUUUCCCAAUACAAACUUUAUAUUAUUUUGGUGUAAAUUGUAUAUGAACAUUCCUUUUGUGUGUGUUCCUGGCUGCAAAACAAGUUAAGAGGCAGACCUGUGUUCACACGCACACACUCACACACACACACAGGUGAAGAGGGGAUGACACGAUGAGGCCCAGAGAGGGAGGGGCUGUGUCGCCAUAGCAACACGCUGCAAAGAGCACCAGAAAAAGGUGAAGGCAGAAGUGGUCAAACUGUCAAGGUCGUGUCUUUCCAACUUGUGACUUCCCAGGACGUUUUUUCAGCUCAAUGACGAAGUGAAGGCGUGGAUGAUUUUCCUCUCGCUUCUCGUGUUUAUUCUGAUGGGGGAACAUGUCAGGAGCGCAGCCAUAUGGAGGCCAAGUAACCGCCGGCAAAGGUGAACAAGCACCUGUGGUCCACAGAGGAUCAUAAUGACGAGACAGAAAGAAGGCAAGGUCCUCCAAGCUGCCAAACGUCACUAAAUCCUCCACCAUGACACCCAGAGGCGGAGUUCCACCCCACAACCUCUUCAGCACCUUCUCACCCGCCACCGCCGCGGCCUUGCCACCGUUCUGUAGCAUCGACGAGUCCUACAAGUACAUCUUCCUCCCCAUCUGCUACUCCUUCACGUUCAUCUUCAGCCUCUCACUCAACGCCGUGGUCCUGUACCGCUCCUUCCGCCGCACCAAGCGUUGGAACGCCUCACUGAUCUACAUGGUCAACCUGGCCUCCACGGACUUCAUGUACGGCCUGUCGUUGCCCUUCCUGGUGGCUAGCUACGUCAUGCGAGACCGCUGGGUUUUUGGGGACUUCAUGUGCCGCCUGGUCCGCUUCCUCUUCUACUUCAACCUCUACGGCUCCAUCUUCUUCCUCACCUGCAUCUCUGUGCACAGAUACCUGGGGAUCUGCCACCCGAUGAAGGUCAUCAGUCUGGAGACCAAGAAAGCGGUGAAAUGCACGUGUAUCCUGGUUUGGAUUGUUGUCUUUGCGCUCACCUGUCCCAUCUUCCGCUUUGCUCAGACCGGUCAUGUGACCAGAGCGCCAGGACCACCGGGCCACAAUGUGAGCAGUGCUGAUGAUUUAUUAGCGCUAAGUUCUAAUGGUAGUACUCAGUACUCCUUUGAGGAGUACCAGAACUGUUGGGAUGACGCUAUAGACAAGGAGUUCUCAGAUUACGUCCCCUAUGGCAUCAUUCUCCACUUGCUCGGCUUCUUUGUCCCCUUCUCCAUCAUCGCCUGGUGUUACUCCCACGUGGUCCUCACCAUCUUCAAGACGCUGCACUCUCAGCCUUCUUCUCGGAGAGGAUACGCCGGCGUGGACAGGAGCACUUUCGGAAGACGAGGGAACAACAGAACACCCGGGUCGCCAGGAAGGGAAGAAGGCGUUUCCAUUUUCCUGGGCACCAACUCGCCGUACGCCAGCCGCAGACGAAAAUCAAUCCGAACCAUCAUCACCAUCACCCUCCUCUUUGCUUUGUGCUUCUUCCCCUUUCACGUCACCAAGACCAUCUUCCUGCUCUUGAAGGUGACCAAGGGAGUUCCAUGCCACACCAUGACCAUGGUGUCCAUGUGCUACAAGAUCACCAGGCCCUUGGCGUCCUUCAACGCCUGGCUCAACGCCCUCCUCUACUUCCUCACCAAAGACAAAAGCGGACCACACUGCUGCCCAACCGUCAACACCGCAACACAACACGGGAGGCCUCUGCUGCCCCUGAGGAUGAUGGGAAAGGAGGAGGAUGUGGAGGAAGGGCCUGGAGUCAUUCCACACCAGCUUGUCAUCCAUAAACAGAGCAAAAGUCAUAUAUUUGAUUGAGUGGUUUCACACAAUGAACCCCAACUAGGGUUACGUACCUCGAGUGGUACUUCCGGGGUUACGUGGAUUUCAUUUCCAAGUAAAUAUUCUCAGGCAUUUCACGUUAAGCCAGACAAUGCAAUGGAAAGUGUUGGCUACUACCAACUGUAGGAGCAGCUGCACCAAAAUCAUAACAGUUGUAAUAUUCUAAUGUAACAUUCUACUUUUGGAGAAUUAGCAACAUGUAUGAGUGAGUGGAGUACUCAUGGUAGGACAAAAAGGCUCUAGGCUUACGCAAGACCAGUAAAAGGUUGGAAAAGACCAGUAAAAGACUGCCUUAGGUCAGCUUGUUUGUCUUUGAAAUCAUCAUUUUUGCACUCUUAUGAUCUUUCACUGUCGUAAAAAUAACACUGACCUCUUUGUUAAUUGAUGACACGCAUGAAUACAUUUUGACCUUGUUGAGAUAAUAUUUUCUGGUUGAGAGACUUAAUGGGAAAAUCUAGUAAGCCUCAGUGUUUGUAUUUUUACUUUUGCUGGGUUUUAUUUGACUAACACAAACUUUUUUUCCAUUAAGGAAAAAUACUAUUUUCCAGGAGGCCACAUACUGUUCUUAUUUUUUCAUAUUUGUCACACUUAAAUGUUUCAAAUCGUUGAACAAAUGUAAAUAUUAGUCAUCAGUAACACAACUGAACACAAAAUGCAGUUUUUAAAUUAAAAUUAUUAUUAUUAAGGGAGUAAAAAAACACCUAUUAAUUGGUGCUGUGGAGAAAUUGUGGCCCACUUUUAUUUUGCAGAAUUGUUGUAAUUCAGCCACAUUGAAGGGUUUUCCAGCAUGAACGUCUUUUUAAGGUCAUGCCACAGCAUCUCAAUACAAUUCAGGUCAGGACUCCAAAGUCCACUCCAAAGUCUUCAUUUAGUUUUUUGUCCUGGAACUCUGCCAUGCAAUCCUUUUUUGCCCAGUGUCUUUCUUACGGUGGAGUCAUGAACACUGACCUUAACUGAGGCAAGUGAGGCCUGCAUUUCUUUGGGUGUUGUUGUGGGGUCUUUUGUGACCUCUUGGAUGAGUAGUUGCUGCGCUUUUAGGGUCAUUUUGAUUGGUUGGCCAUUCCUGAAUAGGUUCACCAUUUGUGAAUAAUGGCUCUCACUGUGGUUUGCUGGAGUCCCAAAGCUUUAGAAAUGUAUUUCUAACCUUUUUCACUUGAACUCAGGUGUGAUAAACCACUGUUAAGUUAUGUUUUAACAGUGGUGCGACUUUUCCACACAGGGACAUGUACUUUUACAUUGUUUUUCUCCCAUAAUGUGUUUUUGA